GGGGGGGGCGGUGGCUGUGAGGGGGGGGGGGGAGGGGGCGCAGAGCGGCGGCGGCGUGCGGCGGGCACCGGGCCCCGGGAAGCGGCAGCGGCACCGGCACCGCCCCGGCCGCUCCUCCCGCCGCCAUGCCCGGCUCCAUCUACCAGCCCGACGGCGGGCAGGCUGCCCGCGGCCCGCCCCGCUGCCUGGCGCUGCUCAGCCCCCCGCCGCCACCACCACCGCCGCCCACCGGGCAGGAACCGGAGCCCGAGGCGGAGCGGGAGGAGCAGCAGCCGGCAGCGGCAGCAGCACCGGCGGACGAAGCGGCCGCCCUGCGGUUCGCCCUGUCGCAGCUGUCGCUGCUGGGGCUGGACGAGGCGGCGGGGGAGGCUCUGGAGGAAGCGGAGCCCGGCGAGGCUCGGGGAGGCCACCGGGGGAGCGGGGGCAGCCCCCAGCUUACCGGCACCGCCUCCCCCCCCCCCCCCUCCUCCUCCUCCUCCUCCUCCUCCUCCCGCUGCUGCUGCUCUUCCUCCCCCCCCCCCCCUCCUCCUCCUCCUCCUCCUCACCCGCACCCCCCCCACCCCCACCCGCCCCCCCCCCAUCCCGGUGUUUUCGGGCCCUUCGCCCCGCCGCUGCCGCUGCCCGAGCAGAUGAGCAUCCUGGGCGGCAGGAAGAAAAGCGUCAACAUGACCGAGUGCGUGCCCGUGCCCAGCUCCGAGCACGUCGCCGAGAUCGUGGGACGCCAAGGCUGCAAAAUCAAAGCCCUGCGUGCCAAGACCAACACGUACAUCAAGACGCCGGUCAGGGGCGAGGAGCCCGUUUUCAUCGUGACCGGGAGGAAGGAGGACGUGGAGAUGGCCAAGAGGGAGAUCCUCUCGGCCGCCGAGCACUUCUCCAUGAUCCGGGCGACGCGCAACAAAGUGAACGGGCUGACGGGCGCCAUGCAGGGGCCCCCCAACCUGCCGGGACAGACCACCAUCCAGGUGAGGGUCCCGUACCGCGUGGUGGGGCUGGUGGUGGGCCCCAAGGGAGCCACCAUCAAGCGCAUCCAGCAGCAGACGCACACCUACAUCGUGACGCCCAGCCGGGACAAGGAGCCCGUCUUCGAGGUGACGGGCAUGCCCGAGAACGUGGACCGGGCCCGGGAGGAGAUCGAGGCGCACAUCACCAUGCGGACAGGCUCCUUCAUCGACGUCAACGCCGACAACGACUUCCACACCAACGGCACCGACGUCUGCCUCGACCUGCAGGGCGGCGCAGCCGUCUUGUGGGCCUAAAGCCCCGCACCCUGCCCGGCUGCCCUGCCUGCCGCCCUGCGCAACGACAGCCUCAGCUCCCUGGGCAGCGCCUCCACCGAGUCCUUCUACAGCGGGCGGGUGGCGGACGCCAGCCCCACCAGCCCCUACAGCACCAGCAGCGGCUUCGCCUUCAGCGAGCCGCCGGCCUCGCUGGGCUCGGAGGAGUGCGACUUCGGCUUCGACUUCUUGGCCCUGGACCUCACGACGCCCACCACCAUCUGGUCGCCCUUCGAGCGCGCCGCCAACCCCCUGCAGGCCUUCAGCGGCUGCUCCUCCUCCGUCGGCGGCUCGCAGAGACGCGGCAGCGGGACGGCCACGCCACGCCACUCGCCCACCCUGCCCGAGAGCGCCGGCGGGGCGCUGGAGCACCCCUUGGCCCGCCGCAUCCAGAGCGACCCCGUCAGCACCUUGUCCUGGCUGCCCACCCAAGGCUCGCUCUCCUCCUUCUCUACCAGCACGGGCUACUCCUCCUCCUCCUCCCUGCCCGGCAGCAUCUCGGCCGCUUCGGGCUCGCCCACCGACUCGAGCAGCUCCGACGGUCACCGCAAGAGCUCCCGCGAGUGCAUGGUGUGCUUCGAGAGCGAGGUGAUCGCCGCCCUGGUGCCCUGCGGCCACAACCUCUUCUGCAUGGAGUGCGCCAUGCGCAUCUGCGGCAAACCCGAGCCCGAGUGCCCCGCGUGCCACACGCCGGCCACCCAAGCCAUCCACAUCUUCUCCUAG